AUGUCGCAAGGAGCUCAUCGUCAACAGCGCGGCCCCAUCCCCCCAAACAAGACACUACACAGCAGCGGAGAGCAGAGCGCAGAGCAGCGUUCGGAGGAGCCGAGAGGCAGCAAACACCAUAUACUUCCGUGGUGGACAGGCGUCACCGUGGUAACCGUUGCUUCAUGUUCCUCUCCACAGAAGAUCUUUGAGAAGUUUCUGAAGGAUAGAGGGUGGCACCUGCUGAACGCCAUGGCAGGGCAGGCAGCAAACGCAGAAGCAAUCAACCAGGCCAAGGAUCAGAAUGUGUUUAGUGAUGGAAGCACCAAAGUGGAUUAUGUGCUGGUGUGGGAGGAGUCUUUGGACGCGCAGGAGGACGAGACUAUUGUAACGCACAAACAGUGGCGAGAGACAUUUCUGGGCAAGCUUCAGGACGCUGGACUUGUGAUGGAGAAGCCCUGCAGACUUACCACCGUGACAUGGAGGAGGGCUAGUGAGGAGGUUGGUGUCUCUGAGACUUUUGAGCAGAGUGAAGUGGAGCAUCUGAACUCGCGACUCUGUUUUGUGCUCUUGAGUGCCCCCUGGAAGGUUCUGUGCUACUAUGCAGAGGAGAUAAGUCUCAGGGCACCACUACAGAUAGAGAAUUCCAACAAUUUGAACUGGUCUGGAAAGGUCCUCCAAAGGUUUUCUAUCCCCAACCUUCUGCGGAACCAGGUGCCCCUGACACCUCCUGACUACUACACCUGUCAGUUCAGAGCCAACAAAGUGGACAGGUUCCUGGGCAGUGAUGACAGAGACAACUUUUUCAAGCCAACACAGCGUCACAGAGUAUUAUACGAGAUCCUGUCGUUGACGCCAUAUGGCUCUGAGCGUGAGGGACAAGUGGGCAUCAGCGGCCUCAUCAAGGACCAGGUGUUCAGUGCCGCCUACCCCCUGCACCAGGAGCGUCCACGGCCAGAAUUUGCUGCCACGGCGCCUCUGACCACCAAGAACCCUGUGACAGGAUUGGAGGAACCAUACUUUCCCAGCUCCACUCGUAAUAACCGGACGCUGACCGGCUGUUCAGUCCUCAUCAUCAUGAUUGCAGUGGUGCUGAUAUGCCUGACCGCCAUUAUCUUGUACCGCUCUGUUGUCACUGUGGUCAUCUACACGUCCACCACUGGUCUGGUCUCCACUGCUGCUAGGGCUAUUGCCAGUUUUACUGGCUCACUCUUGAAUCUUGUGGUGAUCAUGAUUUUGUCGAAAGGCUACACUAACUUGGCUUAUAUUCUCACAAGUUGGGAGAUGCACCGCACUCAGACAGAGUUCGAGGACAUGUAUACGCUCAAGGUCUUCAUCUUCCAGUUUGUAAAUUUCUACUCAUCACCAGUGUAUAUCGCCUUCUUCAAGGGGAGGUUUGUGGGAGUCCCAGGAGACUACAACAGUAUAUUUGGUGUCCGCAUUGAGGAUUGUGGUUCUGGAGGUUGUCUCAUAGAACUGGCUCAGGAGCUUCUGGUCAUCAUGGUGGGAAAACAGACCAUCAACAACAUCCAAGAGAUUGUCUCUCCGAAAUUGUUUGCCUGGUGGCGCAACCGGGGUUUAAGAAAGGCCCAGGAUGAGGAGCAGAAACAGGAAGUGACACCUUGGGAACGGGAUUUUUAUUUACUGCCCUGUGAGGGUCUGUUUGAUGAAUAUCUGGAGAUAGUUCUCCAGUUUGGAUUUAUAACAGUGUUUGUGGCGGCCUGUCCUCUGGCCCCUCUUUUUGCAUUGUUGAAUAAUUGGGUGGAGAUCCGCUUGGACGCACAGAAGUUUUUGUGUGAGUUCAGAAGAGCAGUGGUGGAGCCAGCCCCUGACAUCGGGAUAUGGUUCCCCAUCCUGAACUUCAUUGCACACACAGCUGUGAUCGCCAAUGCCUUCCUAAUCGCAUUCACAUCGACCUUUUUGGAAAGAACUUAUUUUGAGUUCACCAGAGACUCAUCUCUCCGAGGCUUCGCCAACUUCACCUUGUCCAUGUCCCCCAAACAUCAGGACACCACCUGCAUGUACAGGGACAUGAGGGAUGUGAAUGGGGACCACCGGCCAGAAUACUUUCAGCUUUUGGCCGCCCGACUGACCUUUGUUGUUGUCUUUGUGCAUGUGGUGUUCAUCGUGGGCUGUCUGAUUGAUGUUCUGGUCCCGGAUGUUCCAGAGGAUGUUGAGAUCAAGAUAAAAAGAGAGCAGUUCAUGGCCAAGAAGGCACUGGCUGAGAACCAGGCCUUUUCAGCAAACAUGAAUCCACUCCCAAAAGAAGACUGUAGAGAGCCACCCUGUGCUCCAGCCGCCGUGGGGCCAAAAGUAGAAGCCAGGGCGGGCCUCUUCACCCAAUUAAUUCGACUGUAA